CAGGAUCCCCUCAGUCAGUUCUAUCAGACUUUGAACUUGAUAAGCUGUUUAGUAGCAGGGCGUUGUCCCCGGAAUCCGUGUCUUCCGAUUUUGACUUUUCGCUCCUACGGGACUGGUUGGCAGACUUUAGAGCAUCCUCCCCAGAAUCUGUGGCAUCAGUUGAGCAGCAUUCUUUGUCUCAUCACAUCACAUUUGGCCAGAUUAAGAGUCAACAUUGUAACUAUUACUUACAGUACUCUGAAAGUAGACCAGUAUCACCUAUUUCAACACUGUCAGAUGUUGAGUAUGACGAGACGAGGCCAGAGUCCCCUCAGUCAGUUUUAUCAGACUUUGAACUUGAUAAGCUAUUUAGUAGCAGGGCGUUGUCCCCGGAAUCCGUGUCUUCUGAUUUUGACUUUUCGCUCCUACGGGACUGGUUGGCAGACUUUAGAGCAUCCUCCCCAGAAUCCAUGGCAUCUCAAAGUCAACAUAGGCCCCUUUCUCCUGACUCACCUGUUCCUCAGUUCAGAUCUCCCCAUAUCGGUUACCAUGUGGAAUUGUCAAGGCACAGGUCUUUUACACCACAAUCAACAUGUUCGGACUGGGAAGAUACUGAUUUAUGUCUGGAGACCCUGAUUGACGAGACCAGACCAGAGUCCCCUCAGUCAGUUUUAUCAGACUUUGAACUUGAUAAGUUAUUUAGUAGCAGGGCGUUGUCCCCGGAGUCCGUGUCUUCAGAUUUUGACUUUUCGCUCCUACGGGACUGGUUGGCAGACUUUAGAGCAUCCUCCCCAGAAUCUGUGGCAUCAGUUGAGCAGCAUUCUUUGUCUCCUCACAUCACAUUUGGCCAGAUUAAGAGUCAACAUUGUAACUAUUACUUACAGUACUCUGAAAGUAGACCAGUAUCACCUCUUUCAUCACUGUCAGAUGUUGACUAUUCCGGAUUUUGUCUCCAGGAAUUAUUUGACGACAACAGACCAGAUUCGCCAGAUUCACUUACUUUACGGGUUGAUGCUAAACACACAAGCGUAACUGUAUCUGCAUCCCCACCACUGUCCGCAGCAAGACCUUUUACAUAUGCAGAUGUUGUGCGGGGCGUAACACAUGAAAGACAAGCAGAAUCUUUGUUGGUCUCCAAACCAGUUCAGUUUAUAUCUAUUUGGCCUCCAUCAGUGUCGUCAGACAAGGAGUGCACUUACUCCUUCAUAGAGGACUGGAUCACCAAGUUAAGACCGCAGUCUCCUGAGUCAGUGGCAUCUCAAAGUGAAAGUAGGCCCCUCUCUCCUGACUCACCUGUUCCUCAGUUCAUAUCUCCCCUUAUUGCUUACAAUGUGGAAUUGUCAAGGAACAGGUCGUUUACACCACAAUCAGCAUUUUCAGACUGGGAAGAUACUGAUUUGUGUCUGGAGACCCUGUUUGACGAGAUCAGACCAGAAUCCCCUCAGUCAGUUCUAUCAGACUUUGAACUUGAUAAGCUAUUUAGUAGCAGGGCGUUGUCCCCGGAAUCCGUGUCUUCUGAUUUUGACUUUUCGCUCCUACGGGACUGGUUGGCAGACUUUAGAGCAUCCUCCCCAGAAUCCAUGGCAUCUCAAAGUGAAAGUAGGCCCCUCUCUCCUGACUCACCUGUUCCUCAGUUCAUAUCUCCCCUUAAUGCUUACAAUGUGGAAUUGUCAAGGCACAGGUCGUUUACACCACAAUCAAUAUUUUCAGACUGGGAAGAUACUGAUUUGUGUCUGGAGACCCUGUUUGACGAGACGAGGCCAGAGUCCCCUCAGUCAGUUUUAUCAGACUUUGAACUUGAUAAGCUAUUUAGUAGCAGGGCGUUGUCCCCGGAAUCCGUGUCUUCUGAUUUUGACUUUUCGCUCCUACGGGACUGGUUGGCAGACUUUAGAGCAUCCUCCCCAGAAUCCAUGGCAUCUCAAAGUGAAAGUAGGCCCCUCUCUCCUGACUCACCUGUUCCUCAGUUCAGAUCUCCCCAUAUCGGUUACCAUGUGGAAUUGUCAAGGCACAGGUCUUUUACACCACAAUCAACAUUUUCAGACUGGGAAGAUACUGAUUUAUGUCUGGAGACCCUGUUUGACGAGACCAGACCAGAGUCCCCUCAGUCAGUUUUAUCAGACUUUGAACUUGAUAAGUUAUUUAGUAGCAGGGCGUUGUCCCCGGAGUCCGUGUCUUCAGAUUUUGACUUUUCGCUCCUACGGGACUGGUUGGCAGACUUUAGAGCAUCCUCCCCAGAAUCUGUAGCAUCAGUUGAGCAGCAUUCUUUGUCUCCUCACAUCACAUUUGGCCAGAUUAAGAGUCAACAUUGUAACUAUUACUUACAGUACUCUGAAAGUAGACCAGUAUCACCUCUUUCAACACUGUCAGAUGUUGAGUAUGACGAGACGAGGCCAGAGUCCCCUCAGUCAGUUUUAUCAGACUUUGAACUUGAUAAGCUAUUUAGUAGCAGGGCGUUGUCCCCGGAAUCCGUGUCUUCUGAUUUUGACUUUUCGCUCCUACGGGACUGGUUGGCAGACUUUAGAGCAUCCUCCCCAGAAUCCAUGGCAUCUCAAAGUGAAAGUAGGCCCCUCUCUCCUGACUCACCUGUUCCUCAGUUCAGAUCUCCCCAUAUCGGUUACCAUGUGGAAUUGUCAAGGCACAGGUCGUUUACACCACAAUCAACAUUUUCAGACUGGGAAGAUACUGAUUUGUGUCUGGAGACCCUGUUUGACGAGACGAGGCCAGAGUCCCCUCAGUCAGUUUUAUCAGACUUUGAACUUGAUAAGUUAUUUAGUAGCAGGGCAUUGUCCCCGGAGUCCGUGUCUUCAGAUUUUGACUUUUCGCUCCUACGGGACUGGUUGGCAGACUUUAGAGCAUCCUCCCCAGAGUCUGUAGCAUCAGUUGAGCAGCGUCUUUUGUCUCCUUGCAUGACAUUUGGCCAGAUUAAGAGUCAACAUUGUAACUAUUACUUACAGUACUCUGAAAGUAGACCAGUAUCACCAC